AUGGAAAUAUCAUUAGAUGAAAAACUGUUAUGCUGUAUGAGAUCAAUUCACAAGACCAAUACCACAGUAGUAGUCAUAUAUUUCAAACAUGAGGGUAACCAAAUUGAAGAGGCACAGUUGGAGGAACAAGUAUAUGAGCAAGUUGAUGAUGAAGGUAUUGAGACUGAUGAUGGUGAAGGUACUGAUGAAGAGGGUGAUAACAAAGAUCCUGAUUUUGUUGAUAGCGAUUAUGAACAAAGUGAAGUUGAGGAGUGCUUGUUGAAACACGAUGACAAGUGGUUUGAUGGCUAUGUAGAUUAUGAUACAAUUGACAUUGAUCCUAAUGUAGAGGAAGAUGAUGAUGAGUCAGACCACGGAGAAGACUCACCUACACUUGGAAGCACAUGUAGCUCUUCUAGUGAAGAUGAAGCAAUUGCUAAUUUGAGGAUGAGGAGGAAGAAAAUGCCAAAUGGUGAGGAUUUUAGGCUUGAAACUAAUAUGGCAAACCCACCAUCAAUAAUAGAGCAUAUCGUCAAUGAUGGGGAUUGGGGUCCGGACAUAGGUCACCAACAACACACACGAGUACCGAAAUCUAGAGUUUGUGCAAACUCACAUAUAUCAUAG